UUAUGGGUGUCAAAUUUCUUGAAUUUCUCAAGCCGUUUUGUGCUGUAAUCCCAGAAGUGGCAAAGCCAGAACGUAAAAUUCAAUUUCGCGAGAAAGUUCUGUGGACUGCGAUUACGCUUUUCAUCUUUUUGGUAUGUUGUCAAAUUCCUCUUUUUGGCAUAAUGUCAUCAGAUUCAGCUGAUCCAUUCUACUGGAUGAGAGUUAUCAUGGCCUCAAACAGAGGAACUUUGAUGGAACUUGGUAUCUCACCCAUUGUAACAUCUUCACUCAUCAUGCAACUUCUAGCGGGUGCUAAGGUUAUCGAAGUUGGCGACACACCGAAAGACCGAGCUCUGUUCAAUGGAGCUCAGAAGCUAUUUGGAAUGAUCAUCACAUUAGGUCAGGCUAUUGUGUACGUCAUGACUGGCAUGUACGGAGACCCCUACAGCAUCGGAGCAGGCGUCUGUCUGCUGAUCGUAAUUCAACUGUUCGUAUCUGGUCUCUUGGUCUUGCUGCUGGACGAACUUCUGCAAAAAGGAUACGGAUUGGGAUCAGGAAUCUCACUCUUCAUCGCGACCAAUAUCUGUGAAACAAUCGUAUGGAAGGCUUUCAGCCCCGCAACUAUCAAUACUGGACGAGGAACUGAGUUUGAGGGAGCAAUCAUCGCUCUUUUCCACUUACUGGCUACACGAAACGACAAAGUUCGAGCUCUGAGAGAGGCUUUCUACCGUCAGAACCUGCCAAAUUUGAUGAACCUGGUUGCAACUGUCUUCGUGUUUGCUGUCGUUAUCUACUUCCAGGGAUUCAGAGUUGACCUGCCAAUCAAGUCUGCCCGUUACCGAGGACAAAACUCUUCCUACCCAAUCAAGUUGUUCUACACUUCAAACAUCCCGAUCAUUCUGCAGAGUGCUUUGGUUUCCAACUUGUACUUCAUUUCUCAGAUGCUAUCGGUCCGUUUUGGAGGUAACUUCUUUGUUAAUCUUCUGGGAGCCUGGAGCGAGGGUGGAGCUGGUGGACCUAACAGAAGUUACCCUACCGGUGGCCUCUGCUACUACCUAUCACCUCCAGAAGAUCUGGAACAUAUGAUGGCCGACCCUAUCCAUGCCCUGCUGUAUAUCACGUUUAUGUUGGGAUCCUGUGCAUUCUUCUCUAAGACCUGGAUCGAUGUGUCUGGUUCUUCAGCCAAAGAUGUUGCCAAGCAACUGAAGGAGCAGUCGAUGGUGAUGAGAGGGUUCCGAGAGACCUCAAUGGUCAAGGAGCUGAACCGAUACAUUCCGACCGCAGCAGCAUUCGGAGGUCUGUGUAUUGGAGCUUUGUCUGUUAUGGCGGAUUUAAUGGGAGCGAUCGGAAGCGGAACCGGUAUCUUACUGGCGGUGACUAUCAUCUACCAGUACUUUGAGAUCUUCGUCAAGGAACAAGCGGAAGUGGGAAGCAUGGGGGCAUUGUUGUUCUAAUCAGAGCUAAAAGUGAUCUGUGUACAUAAAGUGCUUGCUACCUAAAUGUAAAUGCGACUAUCAUCACUUAGACGUACAUGUCUUCAAAAUCAUGACAGAGUUUGAUGUGAUGCACUUAACUUUAUUAUACUGUUGCUUUGUGUAUUCCUAGAAUCAAACGGCCAACAAUUUUUUUCUUAUUCAGUUCAUCGUAACCUUGAAUCAUCUGAUAAGUUUUGAAACUGUUUAAAUGUGUCAUAUUUUGUCGAUAUAGUAGAGUCAUGGCAGUUUUACUAUAAAGAAUUAUUAUUUAACUGAGGAUUAAUAGUUAUCGCAGAGAAGCUUUGCCAGACAAGACCGAUUUUAAUUUGCUCAGAUAGAUAAAUUUAGACUGAGUCGAAGCCUCCUGUCUUUCAUAUUUGUGCAUAUAUUUCAAUAUAAAUUAUUACAUUGAUAAUAACAAGAGCUAUAAAUUUAAUUUCCUUUAAAUCCAGUUUUCAUGCGUUCUUACUGCAACUGAAAUACAUUCGUCAUUUUUCUUUUAUCCAAUAUUUAAAUGAGCAAACAAUUCCCGAUGUUCCAUGCAUUAAAACGAUGGUUGAAAUAAAGAUGGCAAGUUUUACAUUGGACUUGUUUGACUCUUAAAACGCGUGUGUAAUAGAGCUAUAUGUUUGCACCAGCUGUUAUGCAGAAAUUGAUCAUGUUUGUGCAGUCUUUUCCUUCGUAGUUGGAGCACAUGUUCCUAGAUUCAAGUAUUGAAUGCGUGUUAUGAUGGCGGUUUGGCUUCCUAAUGGAUUGAUUAUGAUUAAGAUCUGACUGAGGCAUUGACGAUUCGAUGUGUAUGUUGAUGUUAUGUAGUUAUAUAUAUUCCAAAUAUCAUGGUGGGUGUUUUAAUAAAGCUAUUUGAGCAUUC